UGGGUCAAGAGACGACAACGCGCGUUGUUCCCCGAGCGAUGGGAGACUAACGGUGAAGAGAGUUUUCUCAACAUUCUUCUGAGCCACCACACCCCUUCUUUCUCUUUCGAGACCUCGCCUUUUCAGUCGCUGUGCUCACCCCAGCCAGGAUCGGGGGGGGGGCUGAGCGCGGGUCGAAGGUGAUCGCGCGCGGCGGCGGCGGUAGGCUGGUGACGGCUCGCCAUGGCCAAGCACCACCCGGACCUGAUCUUCUGCCGCAAGCAGGCCGGCGUCGCAAUUGGAAGACUUUGUGAAAAAUGUGAUGGCAAAUGUGUGAUCUGUGACUCCUACGUGCGGCCCUGCACACUGGUGCGCAUAUGUGACGAGUGUAACUACGGCUCCUACCAAGGGCGCUGUGUGAUCUGCGGAGGACCAGGAGUGUCUGAUGCCUAUUACUGCAAGGAGUGCACCAUCCAGGAAAAAGAUAGAGAUGGUUGCCCUAAGAUUGUUAACCUGGGCAGUUCCAAGACAGAUCUCUUCUACGAAAGGAAAAAGUACGGCUUCAAGAAGAGGUGAUCCUAUCUGUACAUGGCUACACCUCAUGUCAGGUUGGCAAGAGGGUCUUGGAACAUCUCUGGACUUUACAAGUAUUGAAAAUCGGUUGAUUAUUUUUCUAUAAAGCAGUACAAAUUCAGUGAUAUACUUGGGGUUGGAGAAAUAACAGACUGAGUGGGUACUGAAGUCUGAUCAGAACUGACUAUCAGAAGGAACAAAUGAGGAUUACUAUCUCUUGCCUUUCCAGAAGCUCUGCUGUAAAAAUCUUGGUGGGCAAGUAUUUACACAUGAAGACCAGCUCAGUAAAAAGCAAGUUCCAUUUGUGAUGUGGGGAAACAUCUUGGGGUUGUUCUUACCGGGCCUCCUCUCAAUUGUUUGAAAUCACACCAUGCAUAACUUCUGAACAACAGGGCGUCAAGCCCAUGUGUCUGCUCCCCAUCCUCCAGUAUAUUUCCAUGCUGCCCUGUUUUGAAAGGAACUUGCUUGUGGCUGGUGCUUUCCUAGGGAGAGCACAGCUGUUCCAUGUUUGCUUUGACAGAUUAAUCCAAGGCUCUUUCUUGUAACCAUUUCUGUAGGAUGCAUACCAAUAAAGCGUCUUCUUUUUGGUUUUAUUUUUUGUAUAACAA